UGACGCGCUGGUGGUGCCUAUUAAUCAUUCACCAGCCCAGAGCCGCGCCAGUUAAUGGCUGUGAAGCCUCUUGGCCUCUGUUCUCCACACUCUGGUGUGCCCAGGCGCCCAGACGCAGCAAGAGGCAGCGCUCAGGCAGGCAACCGCUAGGCGAUGCGCGGAGCAGGCGCUGGUAGGAGCCGCGCUCCCCGCAGCUGCUGCGCUCUACCCUGAGGUUCCCGGUGACAGUAGGCUGCUGGAAAGCUACCGGGUACCGAGGGAGGGCGCAGGCGGCGGGGACUCCAGGAGAGCGCCCCAGCGCCGGCAGCCCCAGCGGCCCCCCUCAGCUGGCAUGUUCCCCAAUGGCACCGCCUCCUCUUCUUCCUCCUCUCCUAGUCCCAGCCCGGGCAGCUGCAGCGCAGGCGGCUGCGGCAGGGGCCCCGGGGCUGGCUCUGCAGACGGCAUGGAGGAGCCAGGGCGAAACGCGUCCCAGAACGGGACCUUAAGCGAGGGCCAGGGGAGCGCAAUUCUCAUCUCUUUCAUCUACUCCGUGGUGUGCCUGGUGGGGCUGUGUGGGAACUCCAUGGUCAUCUACGUGAUCCUGCGCUACGCCAAAAUGAAGACGGCCACCAACAUCUACAUCCUAAACCUGGCCAUUGCUGAUGAGCUGCUCAUGCUCAGCGUGCCCUUUUUGGUCACCUCCACGUUGUUGCGCCACUGGCCUUUCGGCGCGCUGCUCUGCCGCCUCGUGCUCAGCGUGGAUGCGGUCAACAUGUUCACCAGCAUCUACUGUCUGACUGUACUCAGUGUGGACCGCUAUGUGGCCGUGGUGCACCCCAUCAAAGCAGCCCGCUACCGCCGCCCCACAGUGGCCAAAGUGGUGAACCUGGGCGUGUGGGUACUAUCUCUGCUUGUCAUCUUGCCCAUUGUGGUCUUCUCACGCACCGCGGCCAACAGCGAUGGCACGGUGGCCUGCAACAUGCUCAUGCCUGAGCCUGCCCAGCGCUGGUUGGUGGGCUUCGUGUUGUAUACAUUUCUUAUGGGCUUCCUGCUGCCCGUCGGGGCCAUCUGCCUGUGCUAUGUGCUCAUUAUCGCCAAGAUGCGCAUGGUGGCCCUCAAGGCCGGCUGGCAGCAGCGCAAACGCUCGGAGCGCAAGAUCACUUUAAUGGUGAUGAUGGUCGUGAUGGUGUUUGUCAUAUGCUGGAUGCCUUUCUACGUGGUGCAGCUGGUCAACGUGUUCGCUGAGCAGGACGACGCCACCGUGAGCCAGUUGUCGGUCAUCCUUGGCUACGCCAACAGCUGCGCCAAUCCCAUACUUUAUGGUUUCCUCUCGGACAACUUCAAGCGCUCUUUCCAGCGCAUCUUGUGCCUCAGCUGGAUGGACAACGCAGCCGAGGAGCCAGUCGACUACUAUGCCACUGCCCUCAAAAGCAGAGCCUACAGCGUCGAGGACUUUCAGCCUGAGAACCUGGAGUCCGGUGGUGUCUUUCGUAAUGGCACCUGCACUUCCCGGAUCACGACUCUUUGAGCUGGGACCACU